AUGGGUAUGCUUCGUGCUGGCCCUCGUGACCCAGAUGCAUUCCCGGCCAUGCAGCUCUUUCUCCUGGCCAUUGUCCGACUCGCUGAGCCUAUCGCGUUAACGUCCAUCUUCCCAUACGCCUGGGCCCUUGUCAAAAGCUUCGAAAUAGGCCGCGAAGAAGAUGCUUCUUUCUACUCUGGCAUCCUUAUUUCCGCAUUUUCGCUUGCUGAAGCUGUUAUGGGAACGUAUUGGGGCGCCCUGUCCGAUCGUAUCGGUCGCAAACCUGUUUUGAUUAUUGGAUCUUUAGGUACAAUGAUCAGCAUGCUGAUAGUAGGAGUGGCUCCAAGCUUCGGUGUUGCCUUGUUUGGCCGUCUCCUUGGUGGUCUGCUUAAUGGCAAUAUUGGUGUUAUCCAAACCAUGGUCGGCGAGCUGGUCACCAAACCUGAGCAUGAGCCACGUGCAUACUCUAUUAUGCCUUUUGUCUGGAGUAUUGGAACCAUUGUUGGUCCCUCUAUCGGUGGGAUGUUUGCCAACCCUCAUGACUCUUGGCCUGAAUCUUUCCCAGUCGGCAGCCUCUUCCAGCGCCAACCUUACUUGCUGCCCAACAUUAUCUGCGCAGGAUUGCUGCUCGUGAGCAUUGUGCUCGGUUUCCUCCUCCUCGAGGAAACCCAUCCCGACAUGGUCCAGCACGUUCCUACCAGCGAAUACCACGUCAGCGAGGAGACCCCCCUUAUGAUGAACAACCGAAUGGCCACCGAGAUUGAGCCACAGGCGUAUGGUGCGAUAGAGACAGUCGAGGAUUCAACCGAUGGCUCAAUCGGGAACUGGGAUACUCUCUGUAUCGAAAAUGAAAAGACAGCUGCAGCUCCCAUCAAGAUCUGGAAUUGCCGUGUUGUUGGCUUCAUUGUCGCCUUGUCAAUCUUCACUUAUCAUUCCAUGACGUUCGACCACUUGCUGCCCAUAUUCUUCGAAGACAGCCGUGUCGAUGCUGUGGAGAUGUUCAAACAGGGGUCUAUCUUUCCUUUCUACUCGCCUGGUGGCCUGGGCAUGACUCCACGCGAUGUUGGUGUGAUCUUGGCAAUCGACGGCGGUAUCGCUCUGUUUAUCCAAGUCUUUGUCUUCCCCUGGACUGUCAAGAUGCUUGGAACCUAUCGCCUUUUCCUGCUUGUCACUGUCCUCCACCCUAUCAUCUACGUGCUGAUGCCCAUGCUCCUCCUUGUUCCUGGGAGCCUUUUAUACCCCGCUAUCUACGGCUGUCUCAUCAUCCGCAACAUUCUCUCCAUUAUACUAUAUCCUCUUCUUAUGAUCCUCAUCAAGGAGGCUACACCAGCCCCAAGCGCUCUUGGAAAAGUGAACGGCUUGGCAGCAAGUGCUGGUGCUGCUUGCCGAAUGAUUGCUUCACCCGUCGCUGGAUUCUUGUGGACGGUCGGUACCAAAUCAGAUUGCUCUGCCUUGGCCUGGUACGGUAGCGCUAUUGUCGCUGUUUUGGGAGCCGUUCAGUGCUUCUCUGUUCCUCGCCGGCGCAAUGAGGAGCCUUGUGAGGAAACCUCCAAGGUGCCUAACAAACAGACUGUCACGGUGACUGAGACCGAGUUUUAUGACUCCCCAUGA